CUGAAAUAUUGGAUUCCUAUUACGCGCGUGAUUUUAUUCAGAACAUCUAUAAAUAAAGAGCAUUUUCUUGCACAAAUGGCAUUGGCAAUUUCUGAAGAAUACAGACACUGUAACUUGAGUUUUAUGGUAUGGAAAAGAAUAUGGCGGCUGAUGGACAAACUCACAUGUUAACAAGUCCAAGUAAGUGAUCAGUAUCUUGGUUCUGGGUUUGUUUGAAGCUUUUGACAUUUUGAAUUGGUUGAACAAGAUCUAUUACUAAUGGCGGUUUUGAUACUACUUCUGUAUGUAUAUAUUUUUCUAUGUAAAAUUAACAGUGUAAAAUAUGAGAACAGGUAGCGAUGAAUUGGCAGAAGGCAUAGCUGGACGUUUCCUUAAUCCAAAUUAAAAAACUCCAAUCACUGUAGGCAUUACUGGUGGAUGUAAUGAGGGAGUGACCAGUCUCGUGGAAUUAUUAUUAAAUUUAUUUUUAUUUCAAAUCUCUCUUCCAGCAGGAUGUACUCAUCUGAUUCAGUGAUAAAAGAACAUCUGCUCCUCACUGCUGCUCAAGCCGCGUUUCUAGGUGAAGAUUUCAAUGAAAAGGGAGGAAGAAUAUGGAAAGGAGUUAACAAUUUAUUGGCCAAACAAAAUCCAGGAGAAUGCAAAACAAAAGAUCAAAAAAUGGCACUGGUCCAAUUUUUGGAGAAAUAUCAACCAGAACAUGAAGCAGUUUACAAAUCUCUGGCAUGCGUGGAGUUGAAACAACUGGCUAAAAUAUCCAGUAAAUGAGAGCGAGGAGAAAAUUAUAUUAAGAUUCUAAACUAUUUAUCUCUGUUCAUUGUGAGCUCUCCCGAUGAAAGAUCUAGAAGAUGUGUCGAAGGAGAAAUCGCCGGAAAUAGCUACUAGGGUUUUAACUGUAAAUUUCAGUGCUCGAAAUUACAAGGGAACGCUUGAAGCUUUCGAUGGUCUGGCAGUUGAGAUAACAAACGAAAUCGAGAAAUCUUUGACUCGUGCCCAGCGGUGGAGAACUUUCUGAAGACAUCGGAGAGAAAACAGUCAAAGCUCUUACAGUACGUCUAAUUUAUUGUGGCUUGCUUUAGCAUUUGUGGUGGUCUGGAUAGCCUCUGUAAGAUGGAUGUUUUUAAACGGCGUCAAUUUGACCCAGUGGAAAAACCUAAAAUAUGGAUCUAUGCCUGCAACUGUAAUGGCGAUUUUCGUGCCUGCACUCAAGUUAUCAGUUUCUUUCUUCAAAUUGAAGCCCGUGAGCCAUUACGUGAGUCUUCGUUUCAGCUCUGAGAAUUCAGAGCAAUAUGGUCAGCAACAGAGGGUUAUUUCAGACAUCAAAUUUUUGAAGGAAGAAAUUGGGAGAAAACCCUCCACUAUUUUUUCUGUCUUUGCAGGUGAAACAUUUACAUUUUGGCGGAGUUUCCUAGACGACAAGAUUAAGGGCAGUCCUGUGCCCAAAUUUGGCUCAGCUCCACAAGAUAAGCUCCGUAUAAUAGCCUUUCUCAAUGACCUCGAUCAUUACGAAGACUCGGUUUUAGUGCGGGUGUUGCAGGUCUUAAACACGGUACUUAAAGUCUGUAAAAUCAACUUUAUUGUAGCGCUGGACAAGAAUAUUAUUAGAAAGGCAUUCCAAACUUCUUCAGAGAAUAAGGAUGAUGUCGACCACCCUAUAGCAAAAUAUGAGGCCAUACCCACAGAAAAUAAUGUGUGGGCCUGUAAUGGACAAGUCAACACAAGAGGUGAUAUUGAGAAAGGCAUACAACUAACAUCCACAGAAAAAUCCAAGGAACCUCAAGAAAUGGCAAAUAGUAAAGAAGAAAUUGUAACAUUUCGUAGAUUGAAUUGCUUUGCAAGUGAAAUUCCUAAUCUUCGUCAUAGCUAUACAAAAUACCACAAUUUUGCAAGGAAUGUGAUAAGCAAAACAAUGGGGAAUCACAGAGAAAAUUCUCAUCAAUGGAAAGUGGAAUUAGUGGCUUGGAUCUUUAUAUGUUCUCAAUGGAGGCACGAAAUGAACAUUCUCAUUAAGGAUUGGCAUACCUACAUUGAUUUCAAAGAAGAUGAGAAAAUGAAACAAGAACCUUCUCUCAAGGAUAUUGUUGCCAAUUAUAUAAAAAAAUGAAAUGAAUCCAAUGAGAAGAAGAAGAAAGAAGAGAGGACAAGGCUUAAAGAUACUUUAGCUACCAUCAAAGAUACACCAAAGAAAGUCUCACUUGGUUUUGAAGAAAUGCCACUUGGUGAUGUUCUUCCAAGGUGGGUACUUAAAAUGAGCACUGAGGUUUCCAUGUUAAUGGAAAAGGAGAAGAGGAAAAUGGAUGAGGAAAAGUAGGAACUAGAUUGAUGCUAUAACCUGCACAAAGCCUUAAAAGUCCAAGAUGUAUCAAUGAAGAGUAUCCAAUGGUUUCAACACUUUAGAUUUCAUUGUGGUGCAGGAUAUCUUACUCCUCUCCAACUUUAGUUUUACCUUACAACUCCUAAGUUACAAAUAAAGUACUAUAUAAUGCAUUAUUAUUCUAUUAAAUGUAUCAAAAAAAUGUU